AUGGAUCAAACAAAUUGUGAUAAUAAUGUUACCAAUGAUGACAUUCAUAGUCAUUCAUCAUUCAAGAAGUUGGCAAAAAUAAACGGAAUGAUCAACGAUAUGACAAUCGAUGAGUUAAGACAUAGAUUGAGUCAAUUGACUCUUGAAGUCAGUGGUUCAGAGGAUUCCUGUAGACGACGUCUUAAGAAUCACUACAGAAACGAGACAAUGAAGAGAGUGUUUAAUAAGUCAAUCACUUAUUAUUAUGAUAUCAUAUGUGUUGUCGACUUUGAGGCCACUUGUGAUUCACCACAAAGUGAUGACUUGAUUCAAGAAAUCAUCGAAUUUCCCGCUGUUUUGGUUGAUGUCAAGCAAAGGAAAAUUGUAUCGACAUUUCAUGAGUUUGUAAAACCAAAAUCAACACAAAAGUUGUCUGAGUUUUGUACAAAACUAACGGGAAUUUCGCAAUCAAUUGUCGAUAAAUCUCAACCAUUUGUUGAAGUAUUGGAUAAGUUUGACAAAUGGUUCAACUCUUAUAUCAACAACAAUAACAUCAAAUCAUAUGCUUUUGCCACCGAUGGUCCCUGGGAUUUGUGUCACUUUUUUGCUUUGACUUGCAAAAUAUACGAUAUUACUCUUCCGUCUUAUGCCAGACAAUGGAUUAAUAUUCGCAAAGUGUUUACCAAUCAAUACAAAAGACAACAAUUAUCUUUGGAUCAAAUGCUGACACAUUUGGGUAUGGAAUUUAAAGGAAGAAAACAUUAUGGUUUUGAUGACGCUAUUAAUAUAGCAAAUCUAUUAAUUCGUAUGAUUACUGAUGGCGCCAAUCCUACUAUCAAUCAAGAGAUUAGUUGUCAUAAAUCGGAUCGGAACCGUUGGACAAAUAUCAAGUGCGGAUACGUUAGUAUUAAUCACAAUAAAUCAAGUAUUAACUCAAAUGAUUCAGAUUCUGAUAAUUCUACUUUUAAGGACAUCAAUAAUAAAUAA